UCAGACCCCUUCAUCGCCUCUCCUCCCCCGGGGGUGGUGUCGAGUGGAAUUAUAUUCAGUCCAGCGCCUUGCCGUGUAUCCCCGACGCUUGCAAUUAGCCUUUACGUGAUUGGCCCGCGGGCGCUGAGUCAGCCGUUUGCCGGCCGCCAGACCCGAGGUUACCUUGAGCUGCCAAAGGCGACAAAACAUCGCCAGAACCGAUCGACUUCGUUUCCUCGUGCCUCUCUUGGUCUGCGUCUCGUCGUUGCCGCUGGCUGGCUGCUUGUCCUUGGACCUCUCUCCCCUCUCUCCGCCAUUGUCGACGCUCCUUCGUCCCAUUGACUCCUUUGUCGUGCGCCUAUCCCAUUUUUCGCCAAUCGUCUGACCUCUCGCCCCCCUCGAUCUCAAAUCGAUCUUCCUCUCGCCCGCCCACCAUGGCCGCCCUCCGUACGACUUCGCGCUUGUUCGCUUCCUCGAAGCCGCUGUUUCGCCCGGCUGUCUUCGCUCGCUCCUAUGCGACCGUCGAUGCCGUGUCUCAGGAACCCAACCCCUCCGAGACGCCCAAGAUCAAGACCUUCCAGGUCUACCGCUGGAACCCCGAUCAGCCCACCGAGAAGCCCAAGAUGCAGUCCUACACGCUGGAUCUGAACAAGACCGGUCCCAUGAUGCUGGAUGCGCUGAUCCGCAUCAAGAACGAGAUGGACCCCACCCUGACCUUCCGGAGAAGUUGCCGUGAGGGUAUCUGCGGCAGUUGUGCGAUGAACAUUGACGGUGUCAACACCCUGGCUUGCCUGUGCCGCAUCCCCACGGAUACCGCCAAGGAGUCUCGCAUCUACCCGCUCCCUCACACCUACGUCGUCAAGGACCUGGUCCCCGAUUUGACCUACUUCUACAAGCAAUACAAGUCGAUCAAGCCUUACCUCCAGCGUGAAACCAAGACCGAGGACGGUCUUGAGUACCGCCAGAGCCCCGAGGAGCGCAAGAAGCUGGACGGUCUGUACGAGUGCAUUCUGUGCGCGUGCUGCUCGACCUCCUGCCCCUCGUACUGGUGGAACAGCGAGGAGUACCUGGGCCCCGCCAUCCUGCUCCAGUCCUACCGUUGGUUGGCCGAUUCCCGUGACGAGAAGACGGCCGAGCGUAAGGCCGCCCUGGACAACAGCAUGAGCGUGUACCGCUGCCACACGAUUCUCAACUGCUCGCGGACCUGCCCCAAGGGGCUGAACCCCGCGCGGGCGAUUGCGGAGAUCAAGAAGAUGAUGGCUUCUCACUAGAGAUGACACGAGAUAAAGAAAAGAACUGCUUUCUCUUUGCAUGAUGUGUUGUGAUUCCUUCCUUCUUCUCUUCCCCUUCCUCUUCCCUUGUUUCUGGUUGUUUCGUGUCUCGAGCUUUAUUCCCUCCGUUCCGAGGUCUUUAUGUCGGAUGUUUCAAUAGGUGUAAAUUGUGAAUGUGAUCUAUAGCCAUGGUGGUUUAAUCAGCC